AUGGAGCCCAAGGUUCUCGGCACCCUCGUCGUCGUAGUCGGCGCUGCGAAAAACCUACCUAACAAGAGUCGCUUUGGCAAACAGGACCCAUUCUGCACCGUGCAGAUCGGUAACAUCAAGCGCAGAACGCAGGCCAUCAAGCGUGGUGGACAACAUCCGGAAUGGGACGAGGAACUCCGCUUUCCCAUCCACGAGGAUGUCGACGAUAUGAUGGCCGCUACAACGUCCAAGCCCCUGCCUGGCGAACCUGGCGUUGUGACCCCGCAGAGCAUGGCGUCCAAGUCGCGCAAGCCGGGACCGAAGAAGGGCGGGAAAGUGAUGAAGGUCGCUGUCUGGGCCGACGACAUCAAGGAACCCGAGCUCAUCGGCGAGGUCACCGUCAGCUUCGACGACGUGCUGGUCAGGGGCGAGGUGGACGACUGGUGGACACUGCAGUCCAAGGACGGCAAGGACAAGUACUGCGGCGAGGUGUACAUGGAGCACACCUUCUACUCCAAUGCUUCUCCUCCGAGGAAGAACCCUCCUCCUAAACGCGAGCAGAACCCCAUCCGACCGCCCGGACGGCCAGGUCUCCAGCCAAGCUCGUCAGUCAUAGGCAUGAAUCUCUACAUCCCGCCUUACCAGGCGCAGCCGGCUCAGGCCCACCAGACCCCACCCCAGAGGCCACGGCUGUCGCAGGGAUACCCGAACCACGCACCUCAACAGACUCCACCGCACGCUCAGUCGCACCCUCCGCACAGGCCAGUGCCCAACACAUCCGCUUCCAACAGCUUCGCCGAGCUCGGCCUGCCUCCUCAGCCUCCUCAGCUGCCUGGCACGGGCGGCCGACCCCGGCCCGUGACGGCCAACUCGCUUGCUCCGCAGAUGGGGUCUAUGUCCUUAGGCCCCUCCCACCAGCAGCGCCCAGGAGCCCAAACGCACCAGGUAGCCACGAUCGGACACGGGAGGACCCAGUCGAACAGCGGGUCGCAACCUCCGCCUCCGCCGCCACUUCCCCAGCAGCCACCGCAGCAACCGUUGGAGAGUGGUGGCGGCGCGGCGGCCCCGUGGGCUGCGCUUAUGCCGCCGGGCCAGCAGCAGCAGGCUCCUUCCCAUCCUCGACCCGUGAGCUCGAACGAUAUUGGCCCAUAUCAUUCCAACAACGGACGCGUGUCAACUCUUCCUCCGCGUCCGCACUCAUCGCAGCAACAGCCGCAAGUGUCGCAGCCGCUACCGGUACCUAGCCAUGUGCGUACGGGAUCGCUGUCGCACAACCUUGGGCCCCCGGUCGCGUACAACAAUAAUUUCCAGCCGCUGCCUGAGCCCCCCAGGACGACGAGUCCUGCGCCGUUCGGUCCUGCGCCGUUCGGUCCUGCGUAUCAAAACACACUGCCGACCGGCCAGCCGGGUUCAUUCUCGCAGCCUCUUCCUACACCACCCCUACCUCCUCAGCCUGGUGGCUACCAGCACCACCACCAGCAGCAGCCUUAUAUCCCUGCGCAGCCGCCGGGCCAACAGGCCACAUGGUCACAGCAAAUUUCGCAGCAGGGCUACCAGCAUGGUGCCCCUCCGCAGCAUUUUGCGGCGCAGCCAGCUGCGCCCUCGGGUCCGAACACGCCCCAGGUGCCAGGCGCGUACCCGAACGGAGGAUACGGUUCCCCACCACAGCACCACCAGCCGAUGCCGCCGCACCGCAACUCUCUGCCUGGCACGUCGCCGGCGACGAGCACGACCACGGGCCCGUAUGUGCCGUGGCACAUGCAGACGCCCGCAGUGCAGGGAGGCCCUGCCGGAGUGCCCGCUCCUCCCGCUCCUCCUGCCCGGCCAGCCACCGGGUAUUAUCCGUCGGAUGAGCUCUACGCCGCGCCGCAACAGCAUCAGCAGCCCCCGGUAGUCCAGCACCAGCAGUCCCUCCUUCAGCAACCUCUGCCGCCUGCCCACCAGCCGCCGCCGCCGAGCCUUCCUCAGGUGCCACAGCCUCCUCCCCCCCAGAACUACGAAUACGCGUCGCCCCCUCCCCAGCAGCGGCCCAUGUCAGCGUUCAUCCCGCCGCCUCAGCAGCAGCCACAGUCCAACUUCCACCCCAAUGCGCCACCCAGAGUCCCCUCGCCCAUCGGCUACGCGCCUGUGCCACCGCCGCGCAUGCCUUCCCCACUCCCGCCCACGGCGCCGCCCACCAACUCGCCGCCGCAGACCAACUCGGACUGGCGCUCGUACCUCAACGGUCUUGGCAACGUAGACGGAGGCCCUCCUCAGACUGCACCCCAGGCUGGCGACUGGUACCCGCCGGCGUCGGGAUCGUCGAACACGAUGCAGCACGCGCAGGCACAGACGGGGUACACGCCUCAGCGGUGGUAG